AAUAGCAAAACAAACAGGACCGUCACAGGGGCGUUGGUGACAUUUUGGCGACUCUUGUCCUGCGUGGCUCCAUCAUGCUAAAGCCGUGUAUUGUUUACGCCACGGGGUUCUUUUCCUUCGUCUUCCUCGUCGUGGGCAUUUCACUGGCCUUGACCAACGUCUUUCCAGGUCUUGCGCAGUCAGAGGCGAAAAGGGAAGUGGUGUUGCGCAAUGGCACGGUGGCGUUUGACGCCUGGGAGAAUCCGCCGGCCCCCAUCUACAUGCAGUUUUAUUUCUUCAAUCUGACCAACCCCCUGGAGGUGCUGGACGGGGAGAGGCCUGCAGUGGUGGAGAUUGGACCGUACACGUACAGGGAGUACCGGCCUAUGGAGGAAGUGAGCUUUGACGAUAACGGCACCACCGUAGCGGCCGUCAACACUAAGACCUACAUAUUCCAGGCCAACAUGUCCCGAGGUCUGCAGACUGACCUGAUCCGGACCGUCAACAUCCCCGCCAUGACGGUGAUGGAGCGCUUCAAGGACCAGCCCUUCUUCGCCCGCCUGAUCUCGGACUUCAUGAGGGACAAGGAGGAGGGUCUGUUCACCACGAGGACCGUGGGACAGCUCCUGUGGGGCUACCUGGACCCGCUGCUCCAAGCUGUCCACGUGCUCAAACCUGAUGUGGAUCCUGUUUUUGGACUCUUCUCCAAGAGCAACGCUUCCAGUGACGGCCGCUACGUCUUCUUCACCGGCCAGCAGAACUACAAGGACUUUGCCCGGGUGGACACGUGGAACAAUCAAAGCUCACUGAAGUGGUGGACGAGCGAGGAGUGCAACAUGAUCAACGGCACCAACGGGGCGUCCUUCCAUCCCGUGAUCACAAAGCAGGAAACGCUCUACAUGUUCUCCUCGGACCUCUGCAGGUCUAUUUACUCCGUGUUUGAGGAGGAUGUAGCGGUGAAAGGCAUCCCCGCGUAUCGCUUCUCCCCCCCGAGCCAGGUGUUCGCAAACCACACCGUCAACCCGGCCAACGCGGGCUUCUGUGUCCCCGCCUCCAACUGCCUUGGCUCAGGUGUGCUCAACGUGAGUCCGUGCAAGCAAGGGGCGCCCAUCAUCAUGUCCUCGCCACACUUCUACCAGGGAGACCCCAAGUUUGUCCAAGGCGUGUUUGGCAUGAAGCCCAACAAGGACGAUCACCAGACCCUCAUAGACGUCCACCCGCUUACUGGAACCAUCUUGCAAGCUGCAAAACGUCUCCAAAUCAAUGUCUUCGUCCAGCAAAUACCCAUAUUCACUCAGACGGGGAACGUGAGCACGGUGAUCUUUCCUGUCAUUUACCUGAAUGAGAGCGUCGUCAUCGAUGACGUCUCCGUAAAGAAGGUGGCGGCCGCGGUCUUCCAGCAGAACUUGGUGCUAAACAUUCCCUUCGUGCUGAUCGGGGUCGCCAUCCUACUGGGCGCCGUCUUCAUGUUGCUCGUGUGUCGCCAAAAGAUGCCCGAGAGUACAGCAGCAGAACGGCAGCCGCUGCUUGCAUCCUAGCGGCCCAAACAGGAAGUGACGUGUGAACCUCGGCCGUGUUUCCUGCACUACUCAAGUAUUCAUCAUCUGCACGUCAGAGCUCCAAGUACAAGUUUCUUAGUUUUUUUAAAUACCCUCCCAGCUAUAUGGAAACUUUUUAGAAUGUGUGGACGACCGGAGCCUGCCGUUCAUUUUUUAAACAUGUUGGACUGAAGUAAGUAAAAGUAUUGCAGGCACUGACAACAUGAAGGGAAUUGAACAUGUUGUGUUUGACUUAUCUCCUAAACAACUGGUGUGUUUCUCAAUCCUGCUGACAACAACGCCCUUAAAGGGGACCUAUUAUUAUAUUGUUAUAUGAUUUUUAUACAAGGGCUUUGGAUUCUUCUACAUUUCCCACAAUGCUUUGCUGUUGGCCAUAUUAGAAGUCUUUGUAAACACGCUCAUUGUUGCUAAGCAUUCAUCCAGCGAUACUCGUAAUACCCACGAUAUGUGCGGGUGUUUGUCAGGUUCAAAGACGGAUGACAUCUAUUAAACAAGACAAGAAGCAAAGAAUUAAACGGAGACAGAAUUCAAUUUGGCUCAAUUUGAGGAGAGGCACAGUGUCUCAACACGCUCUGGCAAAAGAUUGUACGCCACCUCUUUUUAUUUGGACUUUCCCUGAUUACAUGGCAACAGCUGUUUCUAAGGGACGAGGGUCGUAAACAGUUCACAGAAAAGGUUGUAAAACAGUUCAAAGAAGCGGUGCCUGGUCGUGCUUCCUCUUCGCUUUUGUAGUUCUUAGGUCAAGACAAUAUCUUUCUGUUGAUUACAAUACAUGGAAGAAACAGAACACCUUCAUGUUGCUUCCCCCCCUACACAGUGAAGUUUUACAAGCCUUAGGUUCAAAGACAGCGUUUGUCUUCCCGCCGGGAACUCAUUUCAACACAAAGCAUUGUGAUAACUUAGAUACAAUUAUUCUAAGUGUUAACUGCCACGAUGGAGGUGGGAGAGAAAGAAGUAGCGUUCAUCUUGUUCAUAAGCCGAUUUCUGGACAAACGGAAGUGGCGGAAACGAGGAGUUAGAGGCUAAGGCACGCAUGCAUUGCAGCAAUCAACCGAGAUCAUUUCAUUUCAGGUAAUUAAGAAGAUUUUGUAAGUAGAAAUGACAGCCCCAACUUUGCAUUUACUUGAUAACAGCUACUGUGCUCCUCUCAUUAGGACGCGUGAAAGAACACAUGAGACCCGUCAUUCUCCCAAUCUUGCCAUACAGUCGCAGUGUGCUGAUGUUUUUGGAAUGUAUCAUCUUCAACAAACACAUGUUCAGAGAAACACUAAGGUCUUUUAAGUAUUUUUUGACUACUCAAAUAACAUCAGAUUAUAAAGGACAAAUGUUUUUUGCUGCUACAGAAAGAAAAAGGGGGAGAGAGAGAGAGAGAAAGAGAGAGAGACUACUCAAAUAACAUCAGAUUAUAAAGGACAAAUGUUUUUUGCUGCUACAGAAAGAAAAAGGGGGAGAGAGAAAGAGAGAGAGACUACUCAAAUAACAUCAGAUUAUGAAGGAGAAAUGGCUUUUGCUGCUACAGAAAGAAGAAGGGAGAGAGAGAGAGAGACUACUCAAAUAACAUGAGAUUAUAAAGGACAAAUGGCUUUUGCUGCU